AACACUUGCUGAAAAACCAUCUGAAAAUGGUGAUUUUCGGUCGGAAUUUCUUUAAAGAAUAACAUUAUUAAUUUUAUUCAUGUUAUUUCCUAACUUUAACUAUGCGUAAAUCACAGAUAAUAUCUGGAGAGGACCUGGUAGCUAAAGGAGCUACAAAAAUUGAUGCAAGUUUACCAGAAGUAGGCCUCAAAGAUGUAAUACCGAAUGGGUCGUGGCUGGAGCAGAAACAAAUACAAUCAGCUGUUGAAGCCAGGAAGCAUCUCAUUGAAGUGCCAAGGAUCGAUAAAUGCGGUGUGCUCAGUCAUGCAAACUGGAAUGAGGAACUGGGUCUGGCUGAAGUGACUCAGCAAGUUGGGGGCUACUGGAGCCACCUCGGCCACCAUGACCGCAACCAGCUCUAUCUGAACCCCGAGGAGGCUCUGUAUUUGAUGGAAACUAAUUGCCUGCAUCUGAAAUACAAUGAGGUAACAGUAUCAUUGCAGCAAGCUUACUCAUUACUUCUGAGAGGGAAAAUAUCCAUAAUACAUUACAAGGUGUAUGCCUCACUCAGCAGAGUUGGUUAUAAAGUAUUUAGACAUGAUGGGCCCCCUGUAAGACCUAGUGCUGCAAUAAUUUCCGAUACUUUGGUUGAAGAAUCAAAAGAACACACAGGAGUACAGGAGGAGACAGAGGGUGUAGAAAUAAGAGAUAAUUUGAAAAAUGGCAGUGAACCAAUGGUAGAGCUGCUUAGUUCUGGAGCGGAAAAUGCUAAUUUUAAUGAUAAUACAAGUGAAGGUAGCAGUCAAAAUACGAAACCUAAAUCUCACCAUAAUAAACUGCCAGCUAUAGCAAUAAGGGACCAGAUAAGUAGAAAAGAGCAGAAGUUAAUGAAACUCAGAAAGCGCACAUUCUACUCCUGCAGUAGAAGGAAGCUGGAUAAAUAUUUUGAGAAUUUACCGGAACUGUGUCAAAAGUCUGUUGUGACAAUAAAUGUACCAGAAGAAACAAAUUUACCAAGAAACAUAUUUUUGAACAACACAAGCUAUGUACUAAACCUUGACCACAUUAAAACUGGUCACUGCCCUCGUAAUAACUCGAGGACAUACAGCAUGCCGGAUGAUGUGAGUGAUGCCCACGUGAGACGGAUCAGAAGCUCCAGUUCUACCGAGAGAUCCCUGAACGCCCCGUGGGCCCACCCAAUGCUGCAGACGGUCCCCAGGUUCCAGCACUACUGGCCGUACGGACCACGCCCAAGGCACACUCCUCCAUUCUCGCAACUCUUCAACUUCAUCUUUCAAAGAUCAUUCCAGACGUUUGAGAACAUGCCACCGAGAAUUUGGCAAAGAAAUUUGUCAUUCUACCCACAACAAAGAAUGAUAUUUCAAAAUGCCCAGCGCAGUGUCCCUGCAGAUAGCACUAACAGAAAAAGAUCAAGAGCAUCAGGGAAACAGACACACUUAGAUUCCAUAAAGAGAUUAUCAACCAGUUUGAAGCGAAUGCACAUGAAUGGCAAUGCUCACCCGCAGAACCAACAAGCUCUUCAUCGCCUCAUCAAUACAUUCAACAUUCGCUACAAGACCAGAUUGUGUCUGAACGCUGACUUUGAAUUGGUUAAUGAGGAGAACAUUGUAGACACUAUCAAUCUAGAAGAUGAUGAAGAGGAGCCAGCUAAUAAAAAAGCCAAACAGAGUAAUUCGUAUGAAGAGAAUCUCAAGAGCAUUAAAGAUUUAGCACUUAAACUAAAAGAAUUAGAUGAUAAGGGGAAAUCGUCUUCCAGACAUCGGAGAGCAUUCUCAAGCAUGCUCAACAACUUCAAUAAAACAUACAAGGCUGAUGUUUACCUAGAUAGUAAUUACGAUGUCAUAGAUAGAAGCUUCAUCACACUCGAUAGCUCAGAGUCAGAUUGCGUUGUUGAUGAACCAAUAAGAAAAACCAGCGGAAAGAAAUUAAUAAACCCCUUCAACGUUUUGAGAAGACAGUCACUUGAAAACCCAUCCACAAGCAAAGAGGGGUCUGCAGAGGGCCAGUCAAAAUAUGCAGAUGUGUCGAAAGUAUUUCCUGAGAAUUGGUUACCACCAGCGGAUGAUUUUGGCAAACCGGAAAUAGUAUCAAAAGUAAAUGGAAAUUACUUCAAUAUGGACGUCAGGAACGAAGAGUAUCUGUAUGAAUUUAUUCAAACAUAUAAAUCCGAUUACAAAAACUGGACAGACAUUAAAAUGUCUUUUUGGGAGACUGUUGAUGAUCGAUUAGAAAUAACGGAAGAACAGAUGAAUCCUGAUGUGACUAUCAACUCUUUAGUGAAACUUGGAGAGCAUAAAGAUAUGGCUUCUGUACUCGAGAAGCUAAGAGUUAUAGAAACAUGCAAGGAGCUUUUGGAUGACACUGAAUUUGUCAUACAUUUCGAUGUAUUCAAUCGAGAUGUGCCGAAUUUCCGAAAAUCUGAUAGACCCAUCCCAAAUUUUAGGAUCUUGUGUGUUGAUGAAAAAUCUAGUGUGCCUACAGCAGCGGAAGUAGCCACUGUAUACUCAAAAUACGACGACAAAGUGCCCAUAGUGUUUGCCGUGGUGGGCAUGGGAUCGAUAUCUUAUCUGCAGUUGAGAACCACGGACCUGCCAGUCUAUAUACCCAGUAGCGAAGUUAUAUAGUUGAUCUGUAUAUUAUGUAUUGUUGGUAAGAGAAAUAUAUGAAACUACUUUAUGUUGUAA